CUUUCAGCCAGCCUGGCCAGACAUACAACAACUCUGUCAACCUGCAGCAGGCUACACAGAUGAGCCUAGUAGACCAAGUCGCACGAGAGCUGAUGGGGAGAACGGUACAGUCACAGAAUCAGUAUGUGCCUCAGCCCCAGCCCCCAGCAGCCCCAGCCCCAGCAGUGGAUGGACGAAGAGGACAUGGAGGUGGAGACUCGUCUCGUCACUAUACACGCCACUCAACUGACUGAGGAUGGGGACAUAAAAAAGUACCGGUCCCCUAAGUCGGCAACUUUCAAUGGCAUUAAAAGGAUGACUGAGAUCUAUUACCGCCAUCUGGCUGAGGAAAGAUUCUGUGAGCGGCGGGCAUGUCAAAAGGCGUAUGAGAUGCUCAUUGAGAACAAUAUCGUCAUCAUCACUGGUGCAUGCGGCGAUGGCAAGACAACUCUCGGGUGCUACCUUCUCAAAAAAGUGUCCGAGGAAUUAGACAUUGAUGCAGUGAGAAUAAAUUCCCCAAAAGACUGGAAUAGAGUCUUGGAAUUUGAUCACCAACAUGAUGAGAAAUUAGCUGUUAUGCUGGACGAUUGUUUCGGGAGCCUUGGCAUGGCUGAUUACAUGUUCCAAGAAUGGCAUCAAAAUGUACAAUAUAUGUCAAGUUUCCUGGAAUCCAAGAAGAUUUAUCUCAUUCUGACCUCCAAGAAGCACCUGUACUCACAAGGGGCCAGCCGAGUUACUUACAAUCAGAUGUUUCUCAAGAAAUAUGUUCUGGAUCUGACAAUGGAUGACUUUAAGCUCAAUUGGUCUGAGAAGAAGGAGAUCCUGCAGAAACAUCUUGCCUGUUAUAACCUGGACGAGGACAUCGCCACCAACCUCCCGGAAGACUGCCCGGGACAUUGGCUUCUGUGUCCUUGUCCAUCAGUUCUGUAUUGUGGAAGAUUUUCAAAAAUGGGGAUUGCGCUUUUUCAUGAAUCCAAUUAUUUGGUAUUCCUGUGAUCUGGAGUCCAUAUCAUCUACCGAGAAAGAGGUUUGGGGCGUUUUGGUCCUCCUGCUUCUGGGCGACGGGAUUAUAAGACCAGUGGAUUACUACGCUUUCCGUGAUGAAAAACCGAAAUAUGAAGAGGCCAAGAAACAUCUAAAAUACACGUCUCUCCGCGACGGCUUCUGUCCAUCAACGCUGGUUCAUCUGUGCGAACACAUCGACACUGUGUAUGUGAAAUGGGACAAGAAGGAGAAAGGCUACCGCUUCAUUGAUCAUUACAUGGAAGAGGCAGCGAUGAUGUGUUUCGGGAAGUGGCAUAUUCGAGAAGUCUUGAAGCGAUGCAGCCUUAGCUUUCUGUGUGAGUAUAUGGUGACGAAUCGGUAUGAGGCAGAACGCCCCGAGAAGGAUAUCCUCAUACAGCUUUCUGCACCAUACUUCCCAUACCUCACUGAACGACUCUUGAAGGAAAUCCUUGCCGGGAAUAUUGAGCAGAUAGUCUCUCACAGAGUAUUUCUUGACGAUUCAUACAGUGAGUUUCUUGUGAAGCAUCUUAAAGAGAAGGAUGAGCUUGUAAACGUUCUCAAAGCAAGAGACAAAAAAUGUCAGAAAGGUAUCGUGUAUCUGUGUACGAUGUACGGGCGGGAAACAUUGAUCCAAGAGAUUGUGAAAUCAGAGGUCUUUCCCAAGCUGACUUCUAAGCAGUGGGCCAAAGAUGAGAAACUGCAGGCUGUUAAACUUGCCACAGAGUUUCGGAUUUCUUCUUUACAAAACAUGCUGAAUCAGUUGUGAGGAAGGCUGUAAUGAUUGCACUGAGAGAUUUAUCUGGAGUUUGGAUUCCAAUACUAGUGCCAAAUCUACAGCAAAUGUCAGAACAUUCCAAAAUAGGAAUUCGAAAUUCCUGUUAAUGUUACCAUAGUUACAGCUAAAAUUAUGGUUUUACAAACGCUCCAAAAUAGGAAUUACGUCAUGUGUUUUACCAAUUUAGGAAAGGCUUUAAGGCUCUGUGUUUAAAUUUCUGCAGUGAACACAGUAUUAAAUCAUUGUGUUCAAAUAUCUCUGAAGUGAUUGAA